ACUGAUAACGGCGCGCAACCAAUAGUGGGUCGUCGCGCGUGGUUGUUUUGUUAGUCCUUUUUUGGUAGUUUCGUUUCACUAUGAACGGGAAAAAUGGGGCUGGUGAUAAAAAUGAGUGUUCCCCUAGCACAUCAUGUGAGUCUACCACCGAAUCAUCAGAUAUGACUUCAAAGGACUACUAUUUUGACUCGUACGCGCAUUUCGGAAUUCAUGAGGAAAUGUUAAAGGAUGAAAUCAGAACACUCACCUAUCGCAGUGCUUUAAUUCACAACAAACACCUCGUAAGAGAUAAGAUAGUGCUUGAUGUUGGUUGUGGGACCGCCAUCCUCUGUUUGUUUGCAAUUAAAGCUGGAGCCAAACAUGCGAUUGGAGUAAUUGCGUUUCUGGUCCAUAUUAGUUUUAGAUUGAUUGUUCCAACAUCAUUGACCGGGCAAUGGAAGUCGUGCGAGCUAACAAUAUGGCGGACCGUAUCACUCUGAUCAAAGGAAAAGUAGAAGAAGUGGAACUACCUCCGGAGUACCCCAAGGUCGAUAUAGUCAUAAGUGAAUGGAUGGGUUAUUGUCUUUUUUACGAGUCAAUGUUGAAUACUGUUAUUUAUGCCAGAGACAAAUGGUUGGCACCUGGUGGCAUAAUUAUGCCUGAUCGUGCAACCCUGUAUGUGUGCGCUAUCGAAGAUAGACAGUACAAAGAUGAAAAAAUUAACUGGUGGGACAGCGUGUACGGCUUUGACAUGAGUUGUAUAAGAAAAGUUGCACUUACAGAACCUUUGGUUGAUGUUGUUGAUCCUAACCAAGUUGUGACUAAUUGCUGUUUAGUCAAGGAAGUGGACAUGUAUACCAUCACGGUUCCCGAAUUGACAUUCAGUGCACCAUUCACACUUACCUGCAAAAGGAAUGAUUAUAUUCAAGCCUUGGUUACGUUUUUCAACAUAGACUUCACUUCUUGCCAUAAACCUACAGGAUUUUCAACAGGUCCUGAUGAGCGCCGCUACACACAUUGGAAACAAACAGUUUUUUAUCUCGAUAAUGGCGAUGAUGACUGUCUAACUGUCAAGAAAGGAGAACAUAUCAACGGUGUGAUGUCUAUUAAACCGAAUGAACGAAAUAACCGUGAUCUUGAUAUCAACAUCAAAGUAGAAUUCGUGGGAGAACUUUCGUCGAUCGACAAAAUGUUUAACUAUCGUAUGCGCUGAUUUGUCGCCCAAGAUGGUUUGAAUUGGAUCGUAAUCAAAACUCUUAAAAGAUCUAAUUUCAAAAUCCUUGCCUUCAAUGUAUAACCUCAUUCUGAACAGCAUUUAAUUGUUUUAAUCCGCUAGAUUUAUCAGGGCAUUUUCUUCGCUCUUAUGAAUUCGUUUCCCUGUGUGCGUGUAUUAUUCCGUAUUACUUUGUUUUUAUGGUGGAUUUUUCAAUAAAAUAGAUAAAUGACUUUCGUUACGUCUCAUCUCACGUAGAAAACCGAGCAUUCUUUUUUGUACCAUACGCGUAUUUGUUGUAACAUGCAAUACGACAGGUUGUGUAGUGUUCUGGACACUUAAACGUAAGAUAAAAUUCGUCCCUUAGUUAUUAUUAGUAUGACAUAACGCGUAGCGUUAUUUAUGUAUCUGUAUGCGAAUGUGAUAUGGCUUAAGUUAUUACUGUUUCCUUCAAAAUUACCCAAGGCGAUGCUAAGUUGGCUGCCAGCAGGCACUGUAAUUUACUAAGCCUUUGAUGUAUCAAUAAAUAUUGGAGUUGCAAAACAGAUCCAAGCCUAUGGUGGCCAGCGAAAGCGAGAUGAGAAAAUAUCAGCUACAUAGUGUUCAACCAAUCCACUUAUAUAUAAUGGAGUCAGGAUGUGCAGGGCAGGUAGCUCAGAUGAUUUUCAAAUAUUCAACAAGUGAAGAAUCUUGUAAUAGCCACAGGGAACCCGGUUUAUUGAAUACGACGAGUGGAUUACAAACCCUAAUAAUGCUCAUGGUUGAUUGAAGUGAAAGACCGUUAAACUGAAGGCUUUUGGUCAUAGGUGUUUCCUAAGGAUCGCUCGUUUUUUAUGGGCCAACCGGGUGAGCAGUGUCGAAGUUGGACGUGAGCUGCUUAUGCUUAACUACGACAAGCGAUGCUUGCUGAUGCAGAAGUUGAGGACUAGGGGCGUCAAAUUGAGACGCAACAUCAAUCUAUAAAGUCACUGACUGUUAAUCUGAGCCAGAUUAGUCGAUGUAGACUACCCGGUAAGGGUCUGAGUUAUCACCGCAAUCAAUGGUUGGAAACUUCUGGCGAUAUAGCACAGAUCCAUUCAUGAUGGUACGGAUCUCUCCAUUCAUCUUCCUCUCGAUCUUGUUAGUAUUUUUUCAUACAAACCUUUUUACUCCGCCUUCCCGAACCUUGUUUUAGAUCUAAAGUACCUGCAUUUAUCAUUGUUAAUACGUUACGUCAAUUUUCGUUAUUUUCAUAUCGUCGUGUUUGUCUAGUCUAAGAACAUAGGCCAACGUAGACCUGUCCGAAACCCUAUUUUGAUUUACGUUCGUAGGGCAUUGAUUUAGGGUCUUCAACUGUUAGACAACACAGGUCGGCAGUGUUAUUGAAUUUUACCUAGAUGUAAUAUGGAGUGCAAUUUUAGGGGCUUUGAUGUGCAGCUGGUGAGUAGUGCGCGUUGAUUAUAUGCAAAUCACUGUAUCUUCGUCUAAAAUAUUUGAUGUUUGUAUGGACUAAUUAUUUCUUUGUACCCGAAUACAAUACGUUCAUUAGUGCUCAUCUAGUUUUUCUUGGUCUAAAUUGCGUCAUCCUUGGGAUUACUAGUUUGUAUAAUAAUUCAAAUACUUCUAAUCACCACAUUGGUGCCGCGAGCAGAAUUUUGUGAUGGAACAGUUGGACAUACAUUCAGAUUUUGAUGCUCUUGAGGAUUAUAUGGACUAUGACCAAGGAAGGUAUUGAGGAUGUUAAUAUUGUGGCUCAUUUCCUUACAAUCAUUGGAAAAGAAGCAUACAACUUAUUGGAAACGGGCAUUUCCAGAAAAGCCUAUUUCACUUCCUUAUGCAACUCUUAAGGAACUACUACUAGACCAUGUAAAGUAUACAAAUUUCGUAAAAUGAUUCGUCGGAACAUCAGCAAUUCCAUUUCGUCGUCCCAGUCCCAUGCGUAAUCAAGGUUAUUCGGAAAAUUCGUUGAGAAGUUGCGAAGUAGGUCACGAAGAUGAGCGCAAGUUAAGUAAAUGCUUGUUCUAUAGCAAGUUUCACUUAUUUAAUUUCGUAAUUCUAAAUGCUUCAGAUGUGAUUAGAUUGGACAUAUUCGGUCAGUUUGUAAUACUAGGGUUUAUUUCGCUGCAACUAAUGCUAAGCUUAGCGAUUCUGAUCCUAUUAAGUUGAAUGUUUCAAAUGAAUCAUACUAUAGUCAGAUUCAUGAUAUUAUUUUACCAGAUAUGCGAUGUUCUCAUGUUUCAUGUAUUUCUAAUGAAAUUAUUUACAUAUAUGUCGAGUGCAUCAAAUCUCAUGUUAUUGUACCAUAUAUGGUUUGUUCUGAUGAAGUCUCUUACAAAUCUGCGUUGAGUGGAUCAAAUCAUGAUAGAAAAUCCGAUGCAGUUUCGAUAGUUGCUGAUUUUUCUAAUGAUCCAUUAAUCUCCAAUGAUAUUCUUAAUAGAGUUGAAGAAAAUACUUCAGAAGAAUCAAAUCUUAAUGUUAUAUCAAACAUUAUUUGUCCUCAUAAUGCAUUUGUUUCUUGUGGGAAAGUUGUUCAAUGCGAAGCACGAGUCCCAAAGGAGCUCGAUUUUGAUUACAAUUCGUGUGAUUUCAUAUCGAAUGUUGUUCAUACUUAUCAUGAAGUCACUUCUAAUGAAUCCUCUAAUCAAUGUGAGAAAUAUGUUUUAAAGGAAACCACAUUACUCUUAACUUGGGGAUAUGAGGAUCUAACAUUAUUUCGUGUGGGGAGAUAGUGUUGAAAAAUCUACGGUACGAAUUCUAGAUAACAGUUGUUUCAGUACACAACCGACAUGGUGAUUAUAUACAAUUCCAGGACCUAGAUGAGCCUGUUCCAAUUUCAGUUGUCAAUUCUAAUACUGAUGAGUAUAUUCUAGAUCAUGCAGUUUACGUCCAGUACACAAUCGGACAGACAUUUAAGCUGUGGCGGAUCGGUGUUUGUAUGAACUAAUGAUGUCCGCCUGAUUUUGAAUUCUGAAUACAAUACGUCCAUUAGUACUCAUCUAGUUUUUCUUGGUCUAAAUCGCGUCAUUUCCGGGAUUGCUAAUUUGUGUAAUAAUUCAAAUAAUCCCAAUUACUACUAUAUGUAAUGCUCUAUAACUUACCAUCGACUACAGUAACAGGGAUAUGUGCUUUGUAUGACCAUAAAUCGUUAGGAUAGGAAUAAGGUUAAGAAAAAACCAAGAGCAGUCAUUAGUGAAUCAAGCUAUUAGCUUUUAUUCUGGGUUGUUGGUAGUCCGUGAGAUGGUUUUAAUUAUGAUCAUUUGUUUUGAAUAAGGGUAGCGCUCGCAUUUUCACUUGGUCUUUAGUGGAUUACAAAUAGGUAGUAUGAGGAAAACACCAGACCUGUUAUUUUAAAACCUCGUAAUUACUAAAUACAUAGAAUUUCUCUAUAGUCACUGGCUAGUGCUUAGAAAAUCAUCCCGAUUUGAUUACUUUAAACAAGUUGUUAUAUCCGGUGAAGAUUAAAUCACAGAUAACUUCCAAGGACUAUUCAUGGACUAAUAUUCUAUAAAUAUUCUUAUUGUAUAACUACUCAACAAUUACACUAUGUAUAUUUAUAUUCCUCUUAUUAUAAGCUUUAUUUUGACCUAUAUUUUAUUAUUGUACGAUUUACUGUCCCUAAAUUAUGCUCAGUCUAUUAAUUACUGUCCCCCUCAUUCACAGCCACUUUUUGGCUUAUUUGUGUACA